AUGAAUUCGUUCGAUAAUUUUAGACCCGCUUCUGGGAAUCAGCAUCAAAGACCAAGAACUGCUUCGGAGAGUGGCAGAGUGGGCGGAUCCCUUGGAAAAUUCUUUACUUAGCAAACCUAAGGAGUGCUAGACGAGAAAACCGUUAGCAGUAUUUGGAAGGGUUUCGGCUCAUACAUUGCCAAGCAACUCAGAAAUGGCAAAGGUAUCUUCGUCCCUAAGUUCGGAAACUUCACGUUCUCUGCUACUCAAGUAGACUUAGCUGGAACAACAAAUCCUGGUGAGAGAGACAAAUAAAUCAGAGACCCAGUGUUCAUAGUUGGCAAGGAUUUCGUAAGCGCAGUUCCUCUUAGAGCUGGAGUUUCUCAUAACAAAGGAGCAUAGAUUAGACCCUAUGACAUCAAAGGAGCAAGUGGCAUUAUCCCUAAGGUAAAGGUGAACUACACCGAGGUAGCAGUACUCUGUGGGUAAAAUAAGGACAUAUGUAAAAAUGGAUGCGAAUAAGUGUUCAGAUUCCUAUCUGAUAAAGUUAGAAAAGGUGAGUCAGUGGCUAUGGAGCUUCCAUUCGUUGGUCAUUUUAUUGUGAGAGGAGGCAUUGCAGCGAUUGCUUUUAUAGAUGAUCUAUAAGAGGAGACAAGGGGUGUGACUGCUAAGAGCCAUUUCGUGAAUAAGUUAUUUGCAUCAAGCGUCAAUCAACUAAAUCUAAAGAUUAAUGAUUAGUCUAAGUAGAGAGACAACCCAAGUGCAGGGCUUGGUGGUGCUAUGCGCAUUACUGGAGAAGCUGAAAACUGGCUUAGGAAUAAUUUGAAUAUUAGUGUGCCUGAUUUGCUGUUAAGGUCGAGUGACAGCAGAGACAAUAUCAGAGUGCAAAGUGCAAACCCAGUGAGAGUUUUAAACAGAUAUGGAUCAGUGAGAGCCGAGGAUUUGAGAUAGAAGUCAUGGGCAAUUCAAAACAAUACUGCUUAAGGCUUGACUGAGCAGAAUAAGCAGCAAUUCGAUAGAAUCAGUGAGGCCAAGUCAGGUCCAUUCUCAAAAAGACCAAUGAGUGCCGUAACUAGAAUGACCACAACAUCUCGAGUAUCAAAUGUGCCAGACAUAGGCAGAAUGAAGUUGAUGCUAAUUGCAAAUGAUGUUCAUAAAAAUAGAUAGUCAAUUAUGGAUUGCCACACUUCUAAUAGGGGCAAUUUAAGAGAUAUGCUAAGCAGCUCUGAGAUACAAAAUAUUAUGAAGAGAAUUGGAAUUUAUGUUGAGAUUGGCCAUGUUAAAGCAUUGCUUAAAGAACUUGGCUUUAACUGGAAUGGAAAAUCGUGUUCAUUAGUUACUCUUUUCUAAAAUGUGCAAUAAUUUCUUUAUGGCAGAACCUAAGCAGAAGAUAUAACAGGGUAUUAAUCGUCAUCUCUGGCUAGUCCUAAGCAGCAUCAAUACUAAUCAGAAAAAAAUCUUCACACAAGUAGAAAGUAAACAAAUUUAAAAGAGGCUAGAAUUGAGGAUCUAAUGUAAUCAAUCAAGGAUUUGUUCUACUCAACUGGAAGAACCAUUUAUGAGAUUUAUUAAGAGGCAAGACUUGGCUAAACCAUCGACCUAGGAGGUUUUAAGAAGGCUAUAUAGGAAUACUCUAGGGGAUAAGUUUCUGAAAGUGAUAUCGAUAUCGUGUUUAAUCACGUUUCUCGAGGCAGCGACAUAAUAAGCUACUAGGAGUUUGACAAGGCUUUCAAGUGGGCAUUGCCAGCAGGUGGUGAUUGGGAGACUAAGUGCUUCAGAAAUAUAAGAGAAUGGAUGUUUUAGAAUGGGCUUUCUUCUGAGAUCGCAUUCGAGCUCCUCCUAAAAAAAGUUGACAGAAUUCUGUAGAAGAAAUUGUCAAGAAGUGAAUUCCAUAGAGCCAUAAGUUCCCUUAAUUUCAGAUUCACUGCUCCAGAGAUCGACGGUCUAUUUAGACUACUCGAUAUUAAUCAAGAUGGAGACCUAGAUGUUGAGGAAUGGAAGAGUAGAAUUUAUGAGGACUCUCUCAACCCCUUGCAGAUGCUAAGAGAAGUGAUUCAAUAAAACAGGAUUACUUCAGAUGACUUGCUAUUUAAAAUGAAACUAAGACAUUGGGAUGAGCCACUUGACUUCCCCAAAUUGUGUGAGGCCUUGAGAAGAUUAGAUGCUACUCUAAGUGAACCCUAAAUCAGACAUAUGGCAAAAACUCUUAAGAAUAAGGAGAAUAAAGUAGAGGUUCAAACUCUACUUAGAAAUCUUUGUGGAUAGGAACAUGAAACUGUAGACUUUAGAAAUAAGAUAUUCAGACAGAUUUAUGCUGAAAUUCACCCUCAUAAGGAAGAUAAGUUGAUUUAAUUGCUUGAGGAUGCAGAUCCACUAAAUGACGGUAGAGUUGAACCACAGGGUCUCAAGGCUGUUUUAAAGAAACUCUUGACUACUGUCGAUGAGGAAUCAAUUGAUAGAUUCAUAAGAUUUUUAGACAAAGAGCCUUCAGGAAAAGUUAAAUACAUGGAAUUCAUGCAAAGAAUGGGUGAAGUUUCAAACAGAGAUCACAAUCCAUUUAAAUCAGUGGUUUAAAGAGUGGCUUACUUCAUAGAAUCAAACUAACAAAGCAUUAACUCAAUCUUAAGAAGACUCAUGGCUAAGUGUUCACCAGAUGAAUUGCUAGAGGAUUAAGUAGCAGUACCUGUAGGUGUUUUUGCCCAGUUCCUUAAGAAUAAAAUUGAUAAAAAGCGAUCAAGUGGAGAACUUAGGCAAUAUGCUCACUACCUGGAUGUUGAUAAGGACGGCUAUGUCUCAGAUAUUGACCUUCAAACUUGCCUCAAUAAUUUGCACUCGAAUACUUUCUUCAAAAACAGUGGAGAGGCCUUGGCAUAAUCAGGUUUCUCAUCUCAGAAGAAAUUCUUCCCAACAAAAGAAAAGCUGGGCCCCGAUAGAGCAUGUGAAGUAGCUAAAUAAAUUAGAUAGGCUUUGAUAGACAAGAAAAUCGCUUAUAGAGAAGCAUUUAAUAGAUUUGAUGACAAUCAUGAUGGCUUACUCUCCUUAGUUGAAUUUUCAAACGGAAUCGAUAAAAUAUUGACUUUAAGUGUCCCAAUAAAGGAAAAGGUUUUCGCUUUAAUGGACAAAAACGAGAUAGGUCUCGUAGAUUAUCCUAAUUUCUUGGAGGUAAUCAAUCUCUAGCCAGUAUUAAAAUCUAGUAGAGGUCCUUUCAAAGACAACUUUGACUGGGAGAACGGCAUUAUUGAACAGAUUAAGCAAUGGAUCAGCAAGGACAAGAUUACUAUUGAUGAGGCUUUCAAAAGCUUUGACAAAGAUUUUGAUGGCUUUAUUAAUAAGGCCGACCUGAGAUGGGGACUCAUUAAUAUCCUUAUGGUUAAGGAAGAAGAUAUACUAACCACUAAACUAGAUAGACUUUUUAGACUUAUAGACUUCUAUAAGACUGGAAAUAUUUAACCCUCUGACUUCCAAAGACUAAUGAAUGAUGAAAAUCCAUAUUCAUCAAGCGGCCAAAGAGGUCUCACCAGCACUGAUAACUUUAGAAGGUCCUUUGGAGGAUAAUUCGCUCAGACUAGCACCUUCGAUUGGAAAGUGUCAUCAAUCUAAUAAAUAGGAUUGAUAUUAUCAAAGAAAUUUGGCACAGUCAAGGAUAGUUUUGAAGCAGCUUCUGAAAAGUUCUAAAAAGUUACCUUUGAGCAGUUCAAGCGUUUCGUAGAACAACACUAGGCUUUGGCUGGCUUCAAUAUGACUCUCCCACUUACUCAAAAGCUGUUCGCAGAAUUAGAUCCUCACAAGAAGGGAUACCUUACAGAAAGUGACUGGGUUAAUGCAUUUUCAGCCUUCAACUAUGAUGACUAAAUUUUGAUUGAGUUGAAAAACUCUAUUUAGUGUUCAUUCUCAGACUGCUCUUCAGCUUUUGAUUUCUUCCUAACCUUCAAGCCACAAAGCGAUGCUAAGAGCAAGCAUGUCAACUAGACUGACUUUGAAAAAGCAGUUGAUUCUUUAACUGGCAACAGGUUUAAGAAAUAAGAUAUAUACAAACUUUGGCUAAAGCUUACGGAAAAUGGCAGAACUCAAGCUAUGGAUAAGUAUCACUUUAGAUCAGUCUUUGAUAACAUGAGAUACACUGGAAACUCUACUGUGAGAAAUGUUAAAACUGCUCCACCAGGCGCAAGAACUACAAUUGUAUCUCAAAGCUCUUCAAGCUCUACUUGGGAAUUCGAUAUCCUUGAAAAACUAAGACAAAUAAUGAGAUCUUCAAGCUAAAGCAUUAGUGAGAUCUUUAGAGAAUUCGAUACAGAUGGAAAUGGUUCUAUAUCAGAGGUAGAGUUUAGAAAUGCAAUUAGAAAACUAAACCUAGGAUUAACAUCAAGAGAGAUCGAUAAGCUAAUGUUGAGAAUAGACAGUAACUCCGACGGCAAGAUUGACUACAAUGAAUUUAUUGCCAAAUUCAAAUAAAGCAAUCUAGAUGAUAGACUUAAAGAGAGAGCCAAAGACAAAAUGGGUAGACUCAAGGAGAUGAUGAUGCUGCAUAUGACAUCACCAAAUGAUGGUUUCAGAUUUUUCGAUGAAAGCAAACUUGGCAAGCUGACUUAUUAAGAAUUUGGAAAGCUUGUGAUCAAGUUAUAUGAAUUGGCAGGAGAGAAAGCCCCAGCCUAUCCAGUCAUCAAGGAUCUAUUUGACACCAUCGAUAUCAGAAAAGAUGGCAUUCUUGACAUCAAUGAAUGGCAAUAGACCUUCGGCAACGUUAUUGAAGGAAGCAAUAAAUUGACAAUAAAGCCUACUCCUCUCACACAGUGGGAAAACAGCAGAGAAUUCGGUCUCAUUGGAUAACUGAUUGCUAAGAACAGGAAGCUGCUAAGAAAUGAAUUUGAGAAGGUCACUAAGGGAUAAGGCACCGUCGUCAACUUCGACCUUGGCAAACAAGCCCUAGCUGGUCUGCUCCAAAGAAACUACAGUGGAAUCGGAGAUGAAAAGAUAAAAUGUAUUUUAAAGGUUGGGGAAGUGCAAGGAGCAAAUAGUGAUGGCAUCGGAAAUCAAUACGACUACGUCCGCAUGCUUGAUGUCUAUAAGUCAAGACACGCUGGACCAUAAAUCUGA